AUGGGAAUUUCCAGGGAAAAUGUUGAGAUAAUUAGAGUGUUGAUGAUAGCAAUGGGAAUCAUCGGUGCACAAGUAUUCGUGUACAACACCCAAUUUCACAACGUGAAGCAAGUAAGCCGCCGUGACUUCCUCUCGUGCAACGCCACGUUAGCGCUGGCCACCUACACUUCCGGUUCCGACACGGUGGCUCUUCCAACACCCGGCCACUACUACUUCCUCUGCGGCUUCCCUGGCCACUGCCAAGGCGGCCAAAAGCUCCAUGUCCUCGUCGUCGCCACUAUAGCCAGUCCCAGCCUCAGCCCGGAUUUAUCCCCUACUCUCUCACCUUCCACCGAGCCAUCUCCAUCUCCGGCCACGGCUUCCAACGAUUCCGCUCAAAACGGUGCCGCUUCAAAGCCCGUGUCGAUUGUUUUGGCUUCGGCUAUGAGUGUCAUUGUGUGA